GAAUCAUUUGAACAUGAAAACCAGUGAAGGAUAGAAUGAACCAUGGCCCGAUAGAUUCUUUCCGAUCAAUCAAAGAACAAACCCCAAUCAACCUACUAUCGAAUGAGGAUUCCGUUCACUGAUCAAAUCCAGCUACAGAAACUCUGUUGAUUGUAUGUCUCAGUAGCACCCAGUCCAUCAAGCUUGAUCGAUUUUGUUUUCAUUAGAACAACAUGAACUCUUCGUCAUCGAACUCAAAUAAUGGAUUCUCGAGUUUCAACGAAGCAAAUCCCAUUUUGGGGUUUAGUUCGCCACCGUUGACGGCCUCCAGGAAGCCCGGUGCUGCUACUAGUUCAGCUUCGACACGGUUUCUGAAGGUGAGAAAUCAAGCAUCUUCUCAUAAUCAUAAGUCUACUAAUCCUCUAGGGUUUAACCAAUUUACGAGCUCAUCUGAAGCGGUUUUAGGAAAUUUGAGUUUCGAAAAUGAUCCCAAGGAGACGUUCCUAUUUGGUGCAAACAAUUCCAAUUCCAGUUCACAUUGGAAUCCGGAAAGGAGAGUUUCUAGCGAGAUUUCCAAUGUUAUUCUCGAUGAUAUGUUGAAAAUGAAGAUCGGUUCCGAUAAAGGUUAUGCAAAUCCAACUCAGAACAAAGCUGAUGUCGACAAAUCUUUGGUCGAUGAACUUCCAAACGAGGUUAGCAAGUUGAAGAUACACGAUUCCACAAACGAAAGCCAGUUCAUCAAUUUUGUUAAUUCUGAAAAAAUGGGUGAGUUUGCUUUUACAAGCAAAUUGGAUGAUAUAGGGGCUCCACAGGUAGAGUUCAGAACACCAGACAUGAAAAGUAACUUGUUUUCUGGGAUGAAUAGAUUCGAAGCAAAGAAGGAUUCUGUUAAAGACACAAGGUCAAAGAAAAAGAAAGACAAGUCAAAAAACUCCAUUGUUGGUCAUUCAAGGCUUCAAGACGAUUAUGGGUUUACCAGAAGAAAUCCAUCUGAAAAUCCAGAUGCUUUUGAAUUUGAAGCAUACUUACCACUAAAUAUUCCUCCAUAUGAUGAAAAACUAGCUGAUUUAUCUAGAUUAUCAGGUAUAAAGGGGCAAGAAGUUGAUUUGUCUAACUUCUUAAGCAAAAAAGGGGUCGACUUAAAACCAGUAAAUGAACAAGCUUUUACUUCAUCAUCCAGCAAAAUAGCAGAGGACACAUGUGAGAAAUGGCGAUUGAGGGGAAACCAAGCUUACAACAAUGGCGAACUGGUUAAAGCAGAGGAUUGUUAUACACAGGGGUUAAAUUCAGUAUCUGAAAAUGAAAAAUCUAGAAGCUGUCUUAAGGCUUUGAUGUUAUGCUAUAGCAAUCGUUCAGCAACUAGGGUUUCUCUUGGAAAGAUGAAAGAAGCUUUACAAGAUUGUUUAAUGGCUUCCACCAUAGAUCCUAACUUUCUCAAGGUCCAACUUCGAGCUGCACAUUGUUACCUUGCUAUUGGAGAAACUGAAAAUGCAAAACAGCAAUAUACAAAGUGCAUGCAACCUGGAAAUGACAAGAAAGUAAUAGCAGAGGCCUCUGAAGGUCUAGAAAAGGCACAGAAAGUGUCUGAAUGUAUUAAGCAAUGUAACGAUCUUUCCCAAAGACAAGAUUCUCACGACUUAGAAUCUGCAUUGAGAGUCAUGAAUGAAGCUCUACAGAUAAGCACUUGUUCAGAUAAAUUGCUCCAGAUGAAAGCAGACACCCUAUUCAUGUUGCAGAGGUACGAAGAGGUGAUUCAGAUGUGUGAACAGAUCACUUCUGAUGAAGCAUCAAACUUGAUUGUUAAAUCAUAUUUCUAUUUAGGAAAGCUAGAUGAUGCUCUAGAAUUUAUCAAAAAACAAGAGAAUUCAAGCUGUAUAAUACCUUUAUCUGAUACAAUACGUGAGCUUCUAUCUUACAAGAAAGCUGGAAAUGAAGCGUAUAAAUCAGGAAAACACACAGAAGCAAUCGAACAUUACACUGCUGCUUUAUCACACAGUGUUGAAUCACGUUCAUUUGCAUCAGUUUGCUUUUGCAAUAGGUCUGCAGCAUACAGAGGUUUAGGUCAAAUCACUGAUGCUAUAGCGGAUUGUAGCCUAGCUAUAGCCCUUGAUCCAAAUUAUCUCAAGGCAAUAUCUAGACGAGCUAGCUUGCAUGAGAUGAUUAGAGACUAUGGACAGGUGGCAAUAGAUCUAGAAAGACUUGUGUCACUUUUAACUACACGUGUGGAUGAAAAGGGUGUUAUUAAUGAGAUAAAACAAACUCGGAUUUGGCUUUCUAAUGUUGAAGAAGAAUCUAGAAAGGGAAUCCCGUUAAACAUGUACCUCAUAUUGGGAACUGAAUCAAAUGCUAAUGCAUCGGAUAUUAAAAAGGCGUAUAGAAAAGCUGCACUUAGACAUCAUCCUGAUAAGGCUGCACAAUCAGUGGUUAGAAGUGAUGAUGGAGAUGAUGGGCUAUGGAAGAAGAUAGCUGAAAAUGUACAUAAAGAUGUUGAUAGGCUUUUUAAAAUGAUUGGAGAAGCAUAUGCUGUGCUUUCUAACCCCCUCAAGAGGUCACAAUAUGAUCAAGAUGAAGAAAUGAGAAAUGAAGGACGUAGCUUUAGUAGAAGCAAGUCAUCAAGAAUGGGUACAGAUGUCCAAAAUGCUGUAUUUACGCGAACUGGGUCCCACCACUAAUGCAUAUUUGUGUGUGAG